GCAAGAACGCAGAGCGGGUGCUUAGUUUUCUGAGGAAACAGCCAGUGCUCUGUGCCAUUGCGCACAACUUCUUACUGGAUGCAAACGCACCGCAGCCGAAAUACAGAGUUGAGUUCACUGAGUAGGAGCAGAGAUGGCUACACUCAUUAGUUCUUUGAUAAUUUUAACAAAGAUGUUGCUUUACAUGAAACUAACAUAUUGCGUGGAGAUAGAUUUUUGCAUACCUGUUCGCAUGGAUCACCAACAGUAUGAAAAACAUCAGCACCGGAGAGAGGAGCCAAUAGAUGAAAAACAGAUGUUUUUUAAAUUAAGCGCAUUCAAUCAGGAAUUUUACCUCAAUCUCAGGCCGGAUUCUAGUUUCCUUGCACCGGGCAGCAUGCUUUCUGAGAGUGGCUCCUCAGCAUCCAACUACUCUGCGGCCGCCGACCUCAAGGAUUGCUUUUACUCCGGGGAUGUCAAUGCAGACAGGGACUCCUUCGCCGCGCUCAGUCUCUGCAAAGGUCUCCACGGGGGGUUCUCCUACAACGGCAUGGAGUAUUUCAUCAGCCAGUCCAAGAGUGAAGACGCGGCAGCCCCAUCUGGAGUUGGAAACUCUUUGGAUAAGACGCACGUAAUUCAGCGCCGGAGACGCGCUGCGCAUACAGGCAGCAACUUCACCAGCAGGUGUGGAGUUACACCUGACACUAACUUUAACAUCUCCCUGGAGAAAUACAAAUACAUGAGCGAUCUGGAGAUACAUGGCUUAACUGAAACUGUGUUGAAAACCCUGGGGAGGUCCAAAAGAUUCGCCUCUAUACCUAGGUUUGUGGAGGUGCUGGUAGUAGCAGAUGAAUCGAUGGCUAAAUUUCACGGGGAUGACCUGAAGCAUUACCUCCUGACCUUGAUGUCAGUAGCAGCUAGGCUUUACAAGCACCCCAGCAUUCUCAACUCCAUAAACAUUGUGGUGGUGGGCUUUAUGGUGAUAAAUGACGCUGACAAGGGACCUAAGGUUUCCAGUAAUGCAGCACUGACUCUGCGCAACUUCUGCUCUUGGCAGAAGAAGUUGAAUAAACACAGCGACAAGCAUCCUGAGUACUGGGACACUGCCAUACUGUUCACCAAGCAGGAUCUCUGUGGAGCCACAACUUGUGAUACAUUGGGGAUGGCUGAUGUGGGGACCAUGUGUGACCCAAAGAGGAGCUGCUCUGUCAUCGAGGAUGACGGCCUGCCCUCAGCUUUCACAACUGCCCAUGAACUUGGCCAUGUCUUCAACAUGCCCCAUGACAAUGUGAAGGCGUGUGAGGAGGUAUUUGGGAAACUAAAGGACAACCACAUGAUGUCUCCCACACUGAUUCAGAUUGACAGGAGCCGGCCCUGGUCCGUGUGCAGUGCUGCCAUCAUUACUGAGUUCCUGGACAGAGGUCAUGGAGACUGUUUGCUGGACCAGCCUCAGAAGCAGCUCUCUCUCCCAGACAAUCUACCUGGGUCAAGCUACAGCCUUCACCGUCAGUGUGAACUGGCCUUCGGCCCCGGUUCCAAGCCUUGUCCCUACAUGCAUCCCUGCUCCAAGUUGUGGUGUACAGGCAAGGCUCGUGGACAGCUGGUCUGUCAAACCAGACACUUUCCCUGGGCUGACGGAACUGGCUGUGGCAAUGGGAAGAUCUGCUACCAAGGAACCUGCAGUGAUAAGAACAGCACCAUGUACAUUAAGGUGGAUGGACGGUGGGGGAAGUGGGGUGCAUAUGGAGACUGUUCCCGAAGUUGUGGCGGAGGUGUUCAACUGGCCAAAAGAGAGUGUAACAACCCUGUCCCAGAAAAUGGGGGCAAAUAUUGCUAUGGCGUUCGACUCAAAUAUCGGUCCUGCAACCUUAACUCUUGUCCUGACACAGUCAAGAGUUUCCGGGAAGAGCAGUGUGAAGCAUACAAUGGCUUAAACCUAAACACCAACAGACUGGGUUCCUCCGUGGUUUGGGUUCCCAAAUAUUCUGGCAUCUCUCCCAAGGACAAAUGCAAGCUCAUCUGCCGAGCAAAUGGGACGGGGUACUUCUAUGUCCUCGCUCCAAAGGUUGUGGACGGGACUCCCUGCUCUCCUGACACCUCAGCAGUAUGUGUUCAAGGAAGAUGCAUCAAGGCAGGCUGCGAUGGAAAGCUGGACUCGAACAAGAAGUUUGACAAGUGCGGUGUAUGUGGUGGGGACAACCAGGGUUGCAAGAAAAUUUCAGGAAUGUUCACCAAGCCCAUUCACGGCUACAAUUUUGUGGUAAUGCUGCCUGUAGGAGCAUCCAACAUUGACAUCCGUCAGCGGGGCUACCGUGGAAUGGUCAGUGAUGAAAACUACCUGGCAGUGAAGAAUCGCCAUGGCAAAUAUCUCCUCAAUGGCAACUAUGUGGUGUCAGCAGUGGAACGUGACUUGCUGGUGAAGGGCAGCCUCCUACGGUACAGUGGCACAUCCACAUCUGUAGAGAUUCUUCAGGCAACCAGACCCCUGCAGGAGCCACUGACUGUGGAGGUCCUUUCUGUGGGGAAGAUGACUCCCCCUAGGGUCCGCUACUCCUUCUACAUCAGCAAAGAAAGUAAGGAGGAGAAGACUCUGCGUAAAGAGGAGCGGAGUCAUGCAGCUCACAACAGUGUCCUGGUGGAUAGUAAUAAAGUGGAGGCUAAGAAGCAGGUGAUGGGUAAAAGGCCAGCCAUCCACUGGGUGACAGGAAGCUGGGAGGCAUGCUCUGUGACUUGUGGAGGUGGUUUGCAGAAAAGAUUGGUGCAGUGCCAGAGCAUGGAGGGACGUCCUGCAACAGACUGUGACAGCACUGACCGGCCGGUAGCAGUGAGAGCUUGUGGGGAUCCAUGUCCAACGUGGGACAUAGGGGCCUGGUCUCACUGCUCCAAGUCCUGUGGUAGGGGCUUUAAAAGGCGGCCAGUUCGCUGCAUGACUGAGAAUGGACUGAACCUACCCAGAGAGCACUGCUCUGGAAGGAGGAAGCCUCAGGAACUAGAUCUCUGCAACCUGAAGCCAUGUUAGAGCAGAACUUUCUCUGGUCCUCAGACGUUUUUCACAGCCCAAAUUAUCAUGAUAAUUGAUUUGCUUUUGGGUGAAAAAAAUGCAAAUGCUUGGCAUCUGAUAUAGGGAAGGAAGCUAAUGGAGACACAUCGUGAGAGAGAGAGAGUGAUUCUCUUGUUAUAAAAGACAGAUAUCUGUUUACCUGGGGGAAAAGGACAGCUGCCUUCUCUUAAACUGUCAAACCAUCAGUGACAGGUUUGACUUGUGGUUAGUCUACCUCUACCAGCACAGACAACACAAUGCCUGUGCAUUAGCAGAAGAAAGAUACAGACAGUAAUCACACACAUCUGCACACAGACCAUAUUUGUGUUGUAUUUACAUGAAGGGGAUGAGAGAAAUGAGAGUUCAAAGUCCUGAACAUUGCGAGAUUCAACCUCAACACUUGUGCUGUGCUGGGACCGGAGGCACAGAGUCUCACCUGUGACUUGACAUUUUUCUUGUUUCAGUGAAGAACUAAAGGAAAUGUGAAACACAGUACUGUAUCUGCAACAAAGAGCUGAAAUUAGUUUUCUAUUUUUGUUAGUUCUGAGCUAAUGGCUGUUGUCUUACAACCAUUAAUACGAAAAUAAAUCUAAACCGGCAGUCCGCCACACUGCCAUUCAGUCAUUUUUUAUUAUCUAAUAGCUUUAUUCUUCCCAAAUGACAAAAUAUCAACUGUGUAAGCUUUGGUACAUUCUCCUGUUGUACCAAAAAAUCCCUGUAUUUCACUUCAACCAAAAAAUAUUUUCCUAAGACAUAAAUAUGUCCAGUGAAGCUGUUAAUAUACUCUGCACACUGAAUGUAGGCUGUUCUGAAUGUUCGCUGCUUGUUCUCUGCUGCCAAAGAGCUACAAAGCCUUAGUACUGUGAGAGUUUACAUGAACAGAGGCAUGGCUUACUUGUACUUUUCUGUAAUUACCUAAAUGUGAUAAUUCCCUCAAAAUUUCUCUAUUGACAAGUAAACUCACUUCUUAUAGACCUGUGAUGGUACAAAUUCAACAAUUAAUUUAGUAUGUUCACAGAAAAUUAAUCUGCAGCAAUUUUUUACAAUAAUAAUGUAAUGUAGUAUAAAGUAGCAUAAUUUUCACAUGCAACAGUAAAAUGAACAGGGACAUUUUAGAAGUAGAGUAACAUUUCAAUUCCUCUGUGCUGUUCUGGAUAAAAUACUUAUUAGCUGCCGUGUCCUGGACACUCUGCCUUCCUGUUGCAUGGCUUCAUUAUAACCUCUAACCCUUAACAAUAGUGUAAAUUGUGAAAAUGUGUCAUCAUAUCAGCCUACUGUUAUACUGCCCCAACCAUCCAAUCUCAAGUGGUUGUUAAAUUAACACUCUUCGAGAACUUAAAAAGAAAAUCCACCCUAAAAAGUAAAAAGCAUAAAAAGAGCUACUGAUGUACUCCUGACAUUCCAUUUAUUAUUGUUUUCUUCUUGUUUAACAUUGGAUCAUAUCAUUUCUGUACAGCAACACAGACUGUGUCUUAAAUCUCCCCCAGGGUUAUCUAAUACACUGGCUACUGGGAUUAAUAGCAGAAAAUACCUUACAUCCAAAGAAAACUACUUUUCACUGGAUGUUUUAAACCACUGAGGGACUUUUCAGAGGUGUACAAAGUAGUGCAUAAAAUUCACACAGAAGGAACAUAAAAAAAACAAAAAAAAACAAAACACAAACAUAGAAUGAAAUGGAAACAGUAUUAGAAAUUUGAUUAACACGGAGCUGCAGUUUUAGGGCCACAUCCUGAGAAUGAAAAUGGAAUUGCUUUUGCCUGUUCUUACUCUUACUUAACAAAAGUUCACUCUGCUUUGGUUCAGGGGGACCAAUAGUGCCAUCUAAAAGAUGGUAUAGUACAGGUUUUUUUGUUUUUUUUUUUUCUUUCACGCCAUGUACAGAAAAUGUUAUUUUUUAUCAGUUGUCAUAUGUAUUGUAUACUAUGUAUACAUUCAUCUAGCUGUAUAAAAUAAAGUAUACAUAUGAUGAAAACUG